CCUCGUCGGCGCCUAAUACAACAGAGAGGAAUAAUGGGGAUGGGGGAGACAGUGGGAGGAUGAAUAAUGGGGAUGGGAGAAAAGCGGAACGCGGAGCUCCGGUCCUCCGCCAUCUCCGGACCCCGCGCUGUUGCCAUGGCGACGUCGGGCGGCGGAGGCGCAGCGCUGUGCGGGGAGCUGCUGGAUUACAAGACCGAGAAGUUCGCGUUGACGAGGAACCGGCGCGUGGGGCUGCUGCACCGCCUGCUGCAGCUCGCCGUGCUGGGCUACGUGCUGGGGUAGGACCGCCCCAUCGGCUCUGCUUUAUCCAGCGGCUCCGAGCCGGGCUCACCGCUCCGCCCGUCUGCAGGUGGGUGUUCGUGGUGCGGAGGGGUUACCAAGACACCGAUGCCGCCCCCCACGUCUCGGUCGUCACUAAGCUGAAGGGAGUGUCCGUCAGCCGGGCGGAGGACGCGAGGAGACGGCUCUGGGAUGCGGCGGAUUUCUCGAGGCCCCCGCAGGGAGAAAAUGUGCUUUUUUUGGUGACCAACUUCAUUGUGACGGACAAGCAGGUUCAGGGCACCUGUCCCGAGAAGGCUGGCUUUGCUUCCUGGCUGCAGUGCAUGGCUGUGCAGCUGUUGAAGAAUCAGCAGUUGUUUCUGAUAAAGAUGAAGAGUAAAGACAUUCUCUGCCCAGAGCCCCUCUGUGCUGGAUGGGAUCUGCAUGGAAGAUGUGGAUUGUCCUGUUGGGAACCCAGUGGUUCACGGCAAUGCACCCAUUCCACCUGUGAGAUCUUUGGCUGGUGCCCCGUGGAGAAUGACACCCUGCCCAGGAGACCUCUUCUGGCUGAGGCAGAGAAUUUCACUCUUUUUAUAAAAAAUACUGUCAACUUCACCAAAUUUAACUUCUCCAAGGGCAACACAUUGCAGACCAAUGACCCCACCUAUUUCAAGACCUGCAUGUACGAUCCCUUUUUCAGCCCUUCCUGCCCUGUGUUCCGUAUCCGUGACAUGGUGGAAGCAGCUGGGGAGACCUUUGGGUCCCUCGCACUGCUGGGAGGAAGCAUCAGCGUGCGCAUUGAGUGGGACUGUGACCUGGACCAGCCUGCUGCCCACUGCCAGCCACGCUAUUCCUUCAUCCUGCUGGACAGGAGGUACAACUUCAGAACGGCCUCCUACUACUGGGACUCGCAGAGGCAGCACUACCGGAGCCUGCUGAAGCUCUAUGGCAUCCGCUUUGACAUCUCUGUGCACGGCCAGGCUGGGAAGUUUGGCAUAAUUCCUGCUGCUGUCAGCUUCGGCACCGGCAUCGCGCUCUUUGGAACCGCCACCAUGGUCUGUGACCUAGUUCUGCUCUACCUGGAUGCGAAGGCUGACUUCUAUUGGAAAGAGAAGUUUGAGGAGGCAAAACCUCCCAAAGGUAAGAAAGAAGCAACAGCUGAGGCAGAGAGGGCUGGCCAGGACCUGGGAGAUGCUCAGCAAUGCACACUGGAAUGACCUGCAGGUAGAUGUGAUGGGGCACAGCUUUGGCCCUGCAGGAGGUGGCCCAAUUCUGGCCAAGCACUGGGGCUGGGUGCUGCACUUCUGAAGGAGUCUCAGCAUCAGCAGAAGUCCUUGGUGCACAGAGAGUAUAUGGAGAGUCCUCCUGACACAACAUGCAGCUCCAGGGCCGUGCUGCAGAGCUGCUGCUGGGGCUCACUGGGAUGGGGUCAGUCCGUGCUCAGCACAAGAGGCUUAAAGCACUUUGCGCUUCUUCCCUUCCCACUCGGCCCUGUGAAAGGCAGGGAUGCACUGAAAUAAAGCUGUUCAGAAAGUGG